AUCAAAUAGGACAUUUACACCUGUCACAGUGUGUAUGUCUGUGUGUAGUCUGUACAGUACUGCUCACGCCCCAGAUCCUUCUCCCUGUUUGACACGUGUGAAAUCUUUUGCUGUUAGAUUUUUGAUGACAAGUUGAAUUUACUGAUCUUGUCUGAGCUGUUUCAAGUGUUCUGUGAAAGAACCUGAGAACUGUAUGAACUGAGGAGAAAUGUUCCAUAUUAUAUGACCACCUGUGCCCCUGUUCAAAUACACGUUUGUAUGGUUAUUUUGGGGGUCCUGGAUUGUAAAGUUUGGAAACCUGUUGCAUAAGCAGGCGAAAAUUGACAGAGCAAUAUUGAUACACAAAAUUAUUACUUUUUGUAACCUUAUAAAUGUUAAGUUCCCCUUCAUAGAGUCUUACAGUGUCAGAGUUAAGAAGUGCGUGUGAGUCCUGCGUCACCUGGAUACUGACGACAGGUGUGGUGAGAUAUAAAUUUCCUCUUCCUGUUCACCACAUCAGUUUGGACGGUGCUGCCUCAGAGGAACAACAUGAGCCAGUCUGCUGAAGAAGAUUCAUCCACAGCACCAUGUGAUACUGUAGUAUCAACAGCAGAACCAAAGGUGUUCAAUGAUCCUAUCCACGGUCAAAUGGAGUUUCACCAUUUUCUGGUUAAAAUCAUAGACACGCCUCAGUUUCAGAGGCUUCGAUACCUCAAACAGCUGGGAGGGGCCUAUUUUGUUUACUCAGGAGCAUCUCACAACCGAUUUGAACACUGUCUCGGAGUGGCUUAUUUAGCAGGACGGCUUGUGCAAAGUUUAAGAGAGAAACAACCAGAACUUGGUAUUACUGACAGAGACAUACUUUGUGUAGAAAUUGCUGGUCUCUGCCAUGAUCUGGGACAUGGACCUUUUUCCCACAUGUUUGAUGACAUGUUCAUACCAAAAGCUUUAGAAAAUGAAUCUAAUGAAUCUUUGGAUGAAAUGAAAAAGCAUGAGCAAAGAUCAGUUAUGAUGUUUGAUCACAUUGUGAAAUAUCUACACGACACAUAUCGUUUUGACCUGAAAUCCGAGUUGAACAAGCUGGAUCCGAACACU